AUGAUUGCCGCUAUCAUCAUACUGCGUCGUAGACAUUCGAACGUUGCGUUUUAUGGUUUGGAUGAAGACCAAUUGAAAAACAUGGAAGGGGUGGUGGAGACCAUGGAUAAAAAUGAAUCACGGCACGACAAUCCAACAGACAACAUGUCUGCCGGCGAACUAGACGAAUAUGACUUUAUACUGGCGUUUGAAUGUGUUGACUAUCUCAAAGCAAACGACAUGAAAAGUUCUGACGCGUUUUCUGACGCGAUGAAGCGUUUGUCGUCCAACCGUGAUAGCGAAUGGGAGAAACGGAUUCAAGCAUUGCAGUUCGUAAGAAGCGUCGUAAAAUCAGAAGCAACGAAGCUCACGGAGAUCACUCCAAAGCUUUGGGUUCUUUCAGGUCCUAUUGAAUCCGCUUUGAAAGACCUUCGUUCACAGGUCGCCAAGGAAGCGUGCAUUACCGUCGCGUAA